UCCAACAGCUCAUCCGCCAUAUUGAAGUCAGCUGUAUACGUUUCUCUGGGUUCUGGUCGUUUCUAAGGAACAAUGUCAACGCCAACAUCGUCAACAGCAGCCAAAGCUGAAGCUUUGGUCGCCUCCGCUACUGGUGUAAGUGAAGAGAAGAAACCAGCUACAACAGCGCCUGAUUACUCCAUGUUCUCUACACCCAGCUCUCUGACUGACGUGGUGCUCGUUGUUGAAGGGAAGAAACUACACGUGAGUCAAGCUCUACUUUGUCUCGCAUCCCCUGCUUUCCUGAAAAUGUUCGAAGGUGACUUUAAGAACAAAACAGAGGUUCCCAUCGCGGACAAGAAGUAUGCAGAUUUUGUUGAGUUCCUGUUGUGUAUUCAUCCGUCCACUUGCAAACCUGUCCAACGAGAAACACUGGACAUUGUCCUGCCCCUUGCUGACGAGUACGAGGUCGAGUCUCUCAUGCAACGGUGUGAGCAGUUUGUCCUCAAUUUGUUCCAACUCAAAGAUGCACAGCGAUCAGAUCCGUCUAAUGUAGAACUGGUUCACUUUCUCUACCUGUCUGACAAGUAUAAACUGAGUGCUCUUCUGGACGCCUGUGUUAUCAAGGCGAAAUACAGAACCUACGAGGGAGAACACGGCAUCAAAACUUUGCGGGAAUUUAAUCUUCUGUCUGCAGAUACCAAGUUUCGUGUACUGUCUGGAAGAACGAGUUUGCUUGAAGUAACUUUAACAGGUGUACAAAUGUUUAAGCAACGAUUGGAUCAUAUUGUGACUCCUGAGUGUAACGGAUGUUAUGGUCCAGUGUAUAACCAUACCUCUCCAGGAUGCAGAGUUCAGUUGAAAUCCGACCUGUUAGCUUACUUUGACAAACUCACAAGUUACUUUAGGGAGGAUCCACGCUAUGUGGAAGUGUCCGAGGGUCGCAAAUUGGCUGUGAAGCAGGCAAAAUAAACUUUCCAAAAAAUACGUUUUGAAAAGGUGCAAGAUGAACUGGGAAUAUGUCAUACGAGGGCUGUCUGGAAGAACGAGCUUGCUUGAAGCACCCUCAACAAGGUUACAUGCUUGUAAGCAUUUUUUUUUAUUACAUUGUGGUUCCUGAUUGUCACGGAUGUCGUCGACCAGGACUCAAGCAUACUUCACCAGGAUGCAGAGAACAGUUAAGAUCCAAGCUGUCAUCUUACAUUGACAAACUCACAACGUAUUUCAAGAGGGAUCCACGCUAUGACCCGAAACAAGCGGUACAAGAUGCAAAGUAAAUGGACAUUUCCUAACAAACACGGUACAUGGGGUACAAGGUUGUGUCUGUCAAGUGAUGUGAAUUGUUUUGUCCUGACCUUGCAGAUUAAUACAAACUGAAGUCAGUAAUGUGUAGUCAAACUGAAAUACCCACCUAUGAUGGACAACAAAGAUGAUUUCAAGAAAUGUCUGAGAGAAUAUGAUUAAUGGAAGAACCUUGUUGCUGCCAUUCGAGAACCAUAGCAUAAUUUAGACCAAAUAUCAAAUCCUCAGUAUUAUGGGUGUCUUGAGAACUGAUAAACGUUUCAACUUAGGCCUAAUCGAGCAGGUUUAACCACCAUUCCAAACUGUCUCUGCUCAAUAUGUGUAGGCACAACUUAGCCACUACCAAGAAUUUCACGAAAGCGUCAAGAUGUAUCCGGCCAGUUAAAAAGAUAUACCUUUCAAAGGGUAUGGAUUUGUUCAGAA